AUGACUGAGGUGUGCUUCGGUUACGAUGAAAUCGAUAUGGCUGUUUCCGCGCGAAGGUCGGGGCCACCUGCGAUUACAGUGCGGGUUGAUCAGGAUAUGCGGCUGAAUGACUUUCAGGACCGGUUCAAAGGUAAGGAAGGUAAGUACGGUAUUCCUUUGCGGAGUGACAUCCACGGAGGAGCUAGCAAGUCUCAACUUCAUUUCAACACUGCGGUGGUGCUUCAGACCCGGAGCUCAUCAGGCAACAUCCCAAGUCCUGCAGCUGUGGCAUCUCAACAAGCGGCAAUGGCUCUUCCAGAAGAGUGCAAGGUCCGCGUGUUAGCAAAAUAUAUGAAUGACGCUUUCAGUGCCUUCCUGGAAUGGCGACAUCCAGAUAUCUCUGCUUCUUUCGCGUCUAUUGUGUCCGAGACGUUUGGCCGCGUGCUUUCUGGCAUCCUGGAUGAACGGACAUGCACCAUUCGGGAAUUGAGUAAAAUCACCGAUAGCGACAAGAAGCAGAUUAUGAAAUGGAACACAGUCCGGCCUAGCACCGUAGAAAGAUGCAUCCAUCAUCUGAUUGAAGAUCAAGCGAAUCUUCACCCCGACAAGGAAGCUGUAUGCGCCUGGGAUGGAACCUUGACAUUUUUUGAACUCAAUAGUUUGGCCUCGACAUUGGCGUCCCACUUAUCAGUACGUGGAGUGCAGCCGGAAACUCGUGUUGCACUAUGUUUUGACAAAUCGAAAUGGAAUAUUGUAGCGAUGCUGGCUGUCUUGAAGGCCGGCGGUGCCUUUGUCCCAUUAGACCCAUCACAUCCCAUAGCACGUUUACAAUCGCUAGUUCGGGAAGUUGACGCUGGCACCGUCCUUUGUUCUACCAAUCAUUCUUCACGCCUGUCAUCAGUCGCCGACAACGUUGUUGCUGUUGAUGCAGAAGAGCUGGAACAGCUGACAGCAUCAGAAAGCGAGCGUAGGCUUGUCUCACCGAGUAGUGCAAAUGCAGCCUAUGUCCUGUUUACUUCCGGUUCUACCGGCCAGCCAAAGGCCACGGUGGUAGAACACCAAGCGUUCUGUUCUGGAGCCCAGGUUCACGGGCCCGCGAUGCUGAUUGAAUCCGACUCUCGUGUGCUUCAAUUUGCAGCGCACACGUUCGAUGCCAGCUUGGUCGAGAUCCUCACGCCGCUCAUGCGCGGGGCUUGUGUGUGCAUUCCCAGUGAAGAGUCGCGACUGAACGGGAUUGUGUCUGCCAUCAACGAGCUGCGGGUCAACCACGCCUUCCUCACGCCUUCCUUUGUGCGGUUCAUCGCGCCUGCCGACGUGCCCGGCCUGGCCCGCCUGGUCUUGGCGGGAGAAGCCCUCACGCAGGCCAAUAUCGACACUUGGUCGUCCAUCCACCUCGUCAACGGCUACGGUCCCACGGAGAGCUCGGUGGCAGCCGUCGUCAACGCGAACAUCACCAAGUCGACCGCCUGCCACGACAUUGGCUUCCCUGUCGGUGUCCGCUGCUGGGUUGUUGACCCCGAGAAUCACGAUGUCCUCCUGCCUGUUGGGUGCACGGGGGAGCUACUACUCGAGGGUCCGUCCUUGGCCCGCGGCUACCUUAAUAACCUCGAAAAGACAACGCAGUCAUUCAUCGCCAGUCCAGCUUGGUCGCAAGACGCGGAAAUAGCCAUUGGUGAAAGCCGCUUCUACAAGACGGGAGAUUUGGUCCGCUACAACUCCGACGCCGGGUCCUUCGACUUCAUUGGCAGGAAGGACACCCAGGUGAAGUAUCAUGGGCAGCGGAUAGAGCUCGGUGAGAUCGAGACACAUCUCAUCAAACACUCUAGUGUCAAGCAUGGACUGGUGCUGCUCCCCAAGUCUGGUGCUGCUGCACAGAAACUAGUGGCAAUCAUAUCUUUUAACGACGCCAUCAUAGACAACUUGCCGGCAAGCUCGUCUCCGUUAAGGGUUCUUGACCUGCCUAGUCGAGAGGAGCAUCUCGCCAGCAUCAAGGAAGCGAUGACCGACUUUCUGCCGACAUACAUGAUUCCUACCACAUGGCUCUGCGUGGAGGCCUUUCCCAUGCUCGCGUCUCGCAAGCUGGACCGGAAAGCUGUCUCGACAUGGCUUGAAACCCUGCCAAGAGAAAUCAUCACUUCAUUCAUACCGGCAUCUGAUAACUUAGUUGAUGAUACCGAGCACGACAUGAGUGAAACCGAAGCGAGUUUGCGUCAAGUAUGGAGCGAUGUUCUCAACAUUCCGUUGUCAAAAACCAGCUUACGCCACAGUUUUCUGAGUCUUGGUGGUGACUCUAUUACCGCCAUGACCUGUAUGAAUCGAUGCAAGCAGAAGGGCAUAGGCCUGAUGGUCCAAGAUAUCCUCCGCAGUCGAUCUAUCAAGGAACUUGCAAGUCGAGUGAAAAUCGUUUCCAGCCAGAGCGAGUAUCAAGAAGAUAUCGACGUGCCCUUUGAAUUAUCGCCAAUACAGAAGCUUCACUUUGAGGUGCGCAAUGAUGACACUGGGCAUUUCAAUCAAAGUUUCUUUCUCCGAGUCAAUCGCACUAUUACAUCUCAAGAGCUACAGAAUGCCAUGGAGGUUAUCGUCAAGCGCCAUUCCAUGCUAAGAGCUAGAUUCUUUUACGAUGAAGCAAAGGGGAAAUGGCUACAACGUUUGACAGAUCAGACGCAAGAGUCAAUUCGUUUUAGGGUCCACGAUUUAUCUUCUCUCGCCGAAGUCAAGGACGCUAUUGCGGAUAGCCAGGCAAACCUCCAUGCCGUAAAGGGACCUGUUGUAGCGAUUGACCUAUUCCAGGUGCCCGACCAAGGCCAACUAUUGUCGUUGAUCGGUCAUCAUUUGAUUGUUGAUCUAGUAUCUUGGCGAGUGAUACUCGAGGAUUUGGAGGAAUUACUUCUCCAUCCCCAGUCUGCGUCUUUACUUAAUGCUACACUGCCUUACCAAAGCUGGUCCCGGCUCCAAGCAAAUCAAAUUUUAGAAGACACCCAAGGAGCAAUAACUGAUAUUCGGGACGCUCCAAUCUGUGACCUCUCUUAUUGGGGGCUUGGUGCUUCUGACAAUACAUAUGGCCAAGUUGCAUGUGAAACCUUCGAACUCGACGCCGAGACAACUUCGUUAGCACUCAAUGAAGCCAAUUCAGCCCUACGAACCGAGACAGUUGACAUCCUGGUGACUGCUUUACUUCACUCUUUUGCGAAAACGUUCACCGACCACGUAGCCCCCGUUAUUCAUAAUGAAGGCCAUGGACGGGAAUCAUGGGACAGCUCAAUUGAUGUCUCCAGAACAGUUGGGUGGUUUACCAUCAUUUACCCAAUCUUCGUGCAAUUGCAAGCACUUAAUGACUACAUUGAUACCCUAGUACAAGUCAAAGACCGACGAAGGCGCGUCGAUGACAACGGAAGGGAGUACUUUGCACGAAGUAUUCUCACCGGAGAGAAUCUCAAGGCGUACAAUCCAAUGGAACUUACGUUCAACUACCUGGGCCGUUAUCAGCAAUUGGAGAAAGCUGGCGCUUUGUUCAACCCUGUCGAAGGUCUAGCCGGCGAGACAACCCAAGGAGGAGGGGCUGCCGACUUUGGAAAAGAUACACCACGUUUUGGCCUAUUUGAAAUAUCCGCGGUUAUAGUUCAGGACGUUCUCAGAUUCACGUUCUCGUUCAAUGGGAAGAUGAAGCACCAGCAAAGAAUCAGGAAAUGGGUAACGGCCUGCCAGGAUACACUUUACCAACUAACAAAGGAUUUGGUCUCAUUACAACCCCGGUUGACGCUUAGCGAUUAUCCAUUGCUGUCUCUGGACUACGGAGACCUCGACGCAUUAACAAACGUGAAGCUGCCAGCUCUGGGGCUAUCUUCGCUUGACCUGGUUGAAGAUAUUUAUCCAUGUUCACCCAUGCAACGUGGCCUGCUGAUCUCUACGACUCGAGAUAUUUCAUUCUACGCCGUUCGGGGUACAUACAAAGUCAAAUCACCUAAUGAUCACCCAGUAGAUGCACAAUGUCUUGCACAGGCAUGGCAACAGGUGGUAGAUAGACACGCGAUGCUUCGAACUGUCUUCGUGGAAAAUCUCAGUCCAGAAGACCUAUACUCCCAGAUCGUCCUGCGUAAAUAUUCUUGCACCACUCAAAUUAUCCGCUGUCCUGGAGACGACGAAGUCCAAGCUACAUUUGACAAAUGUGCCAAUCACACAGACAAAUAUAGACCGCUACAUAAGUUUACCAUCUGUGUCACUGAGACAGGUAACGUCUUCUGCCAACUCGAGUUAAGCCACGCCAUCAUGGAUGGAGCAUCCAUCUCCUUGAUCUUACGUGAUCUCGAACGAUCAUACAGUGGAAAGCUUCAGAGCACGAUUAAACCACUAUUCAAAGAUUUCGUUUCAUAUCUGCAAAAACAACCACAAAUUGCUGCGCUUAACUACUGGAGAUCUUAUCUAUCUGGCGUUGAGCCAUGCCACGUCUCUCCACUCAAUGAUGGCUCAACUGCUGAAAGAAAAUACAAUACGCUUCGGCUAGAUUUUCAGAAGUUUGACCUUCUACAAGCUGCUUGUGAGAAAUAUGGCUUGACAAUUGCAAAUGCCCUCCAUGGAGCCUGGGCUCUUACACUUCGUUGCUACACUGGAAGUGAUGAUGUUUGCUUCGGAUAUUUGCUUUCAGAAAGGGAUGCUCCCGUUGACAUGAUUGAAGAAGCUAUUGGUCCAUUCAUCAAUAUGCUUGCUUGCCGAGUCAAUAUGUCUGCGGAAUCUGUUCUCAUACAGGUUUUGGAAGGUAUUCAAGCAGAUUACAUGGAGAGUCUUCCAUUCAAGCACAUUCCGCUGGCCGAUGUGCAACAUGGCCUGAAUCUGUCAGGUACAGCUCUCUUCAAUACAUGUCUAUCAUAUAGAAAGCUUCCAUCACCAGACUCUGGGCGCACGCCAGUCAUUGAAUUCUCAGAAUGUGCCGGACUACACGACCCCACUGAAUACUUGGUUACUGUCAAUGUUGAAACCUCGGAUGAAAGUGCAGUUAUAGAUUUGGAUUUCUGGACAGACAUGCUGUCUCAGGAGCAGGCCGCAAACAUUGCACAAACCUUUACUCGGGCUCUCGAAAAUAUUAUUGAAUGUCCCAGCAGUCCAUUGGGUGAUUUGGACUGCAUUCCACUAAGUAGCUGGCAACAAAUUGCGGAAUGGAAUACUAAUAUGCCACAAACUAUCGAAAAGUGUAUCCAUGAAGUCUUUGAAGAACAGGUGCAAUUGAAUCCCGAAGCACCUGCAAUUUGUGCUUGGGAUGGCGAAUUUACAUAUGCUCAAGUUGACAUUCUUUCUACGCGUUUGUCUUAUUAUCUUACUAACCUUGGCGUCAUGCCAGAGACCUUUGUGGCCCUGUGUUUUGACAAAUCUGCCUACACAAUAAUUUCCAUGCUAGCUGUUUUGAAAGCUGGAGGAGGUUGUGUGCCAUUAGAUGCUGGACAUCCAAAGGCUGCUUUGGAGCUUCGAGUUUUGGAGACAGGGGCUCAAGUUGUUCUUUCUUCUCCAUCUCGUACUUUUCUUCUCGACGAUGUCGUCCCCUACGCCAUUCCUGUUGACGAGACACUUUUUACACAGCUUGAAGAAUCAGACCCCUCUGCUGUGACAAAAGCAGCGCCAAACAACGCCGCAUUUGUAAUUUUCACCUCGGGCAGUACCGGCAAACCAAAAGGAGUCGUCCUUGAACAUCAAAGUCUGGUCACUAGUGCUGCAGCACACGGUGCAGCUCUUGGAGUUGAUAAAUCCACUCGCUUCCUUCAGUUUGCAUCUUAUUCGUUUGAUAAUAGCCUGGAAGAAAUAUUCACUCCUCUAAUGAGAGGCGGCUGCGUUUGUGUCCCCUCAGAAGAGGACAGAAUGAACAAUCUGGUCAAAGCAAUGAACGACUUAGAUGUCAAUUUCACCGAUAUGACAGCCACAGUCGCGGCCUUUUUGCAGCCUUCGGAUGUUCCCAAACUAAAAGGCCUUGCCAUCGGGGGAGAAGCUCCCACAAAGGAGAUCAAAGAGACAUGGUGCCAUGUUUUGGAACUUCAAAAUAUUUAUGGACCGACAGAAUGUUCUAUCAAUUGCUGUCAUAAUGCAGAUGUUGGUCUGACAAGCGAUGUAACGAACAUUGGUCGGGCUGUUGGAGGUGUCUCUUGGGUAGUUGAUGCAGACAAUCACAAUAAUCUCGUCCCAAUCGGUUGUGUUGGUGAACUCCUGAUCGAAGGUCCGAUCCUAGCCAGACAUUAUCUCAACAACCCAGAGAAGACUCAGCAAAGCUUCAUCGAGAAUCCAUCUUUUAUGUCGUCAUUAGCAGAAAAGAUCGAUAAGCCAGACUUGUUCGCACCAACUGGACAUAGAAUGUACAAAACAGGAGACUUGGUUCGAUAUAACUCUGAUGGAACGAUUGUUUACCUUGGCAGGAAAGACACCCAAGUCAAAUUGAACGGCCAGAGAAUUGAGUUGGGCGAAAUCGAACAUCGGAUUCAGAGCGCCUUGCCAUCAGAGGGUCAGUGCUCCGUUGACCUCGUCAUCCGUCAAAAUGGCGAAACCACUACAAAAUCCCUAGUCGCAUUCGUUUGCCUACAAAAUGAAAGCAGAAAGCCCACACAGAGCGACUCCGACUUUGUGUUGGAAAUGACAGACUCCUUCCAGUCAGUAGCCAUGGAUACAAAGUCUGCUUUGUCUUCUCAGUUACAAAGUUACAUGGUACCGAACGUGUAUAUCCCGGUGUCCUUCUUUCCCAUGACCUCUUCCGGCAAGUUGAAUCGACGGCUACUUCGUCUUACUGCCGAAGAACUGCUGUCCACAAACGCAUCAGCAUACAGACUUGGGGGAAGAAGCGGUAGAGAACCUUUCACAGGCGGUGAAAAAGUUCUACAGAAAUUAUGGUCCUCCACUUUGUCCGUGGAUGCUUCAAGCAUCAGUGCCGAAGAUACAUUCUUCAGGCAUGGGGGAGAUUCUAUAUCCGCUAUGAGACUCGUAACAGCAGCCCGUAGGCAAGGGUAUGCUAUCAGUGUCGCAGAUAUUUUCCAACUACCAAGGCUUUCAGAUAUGGCACAGAAAUUGAUCCGCUCGGCAUCGCCCAGCUCCGAAGAACCAACCGAGGAGGUUGCGCCAUUCUCCUUGCUAGGCAUGACUAACUCCGUUGCUGAUAUUAAAGAUGAAGUUUCUCUUACCUGCCAAAUAUCUCUGGAACAAAUAGAGGAUGUACUACCAUGUAGCACAAUUCAGGAAGGGUUAUUCGCUAUUUCAAGUACACAGCCAGGGUCGUACGUCACCCAAAAUGUGUACCAACUACCAGACUCAGUGGAUGUUGAAAGGUUCAAAUCUGCCUGGCAGAACCUAUACCAAGUUGAGCGUAUACUGCGGACUCGAAUUGUCCAUUCCAAAUCGAACGGAUUUCUUCAAGUUGUUGUUCGUGAGGAAUUAGAAUGGGAAUCCUCUCCCAGCAUUAAUUCCAGUACUUUCCCAACUAGGUUUUUGCCAGAAAAGAAUGGAGGUCGACUGUCUGGAUACGCAAUAAGGAAGGACAGCUCAGGAAGAUUACAGUUUAUAUGGACUGCCCACCAUGCUAUCUAUGACGGAUGGAGUAUUCCAAAACUUUUCAACAAGGUCAAGCUCUACUAUGAGAAUAGAAGCCAGACCAUACAAGAGGCAUCUUCAUCUUACUCACACUUCAUCAAGUACCUCUCUGGUAUAGACUCACAAGCAAUGGAAAGUUUUUGGGUCAAGCAUCUAGAGGGGCUGGCAGCGAUGCAAUUUCCUGCAUUACCCAAUGCAUCUUACAAAUCAACACCAAAAGCACGACAAGCAUUAACAUUCGAUCUACCAACAAACCGCCCCACGGAAGUUACACUGCCGUGUAUUAUCCGUGCGGCCUGGGCAUUGACUGUUUCAGUGUACUCGUUUUCAAAAGAUAUCGUGUUCGGGGAGAUUCUUACAGGGCGUGAUGUCCCUGUGCCUGGAAUUGCAGAUAUGAUCGGUCCUGCAUUAUCGAUUGUGCCUGUGAGAUUUCAAAUAGACCCAAGCCUCAAUGUUCUUCAAUUCUUGCAGCACAUACAGGCGCAGACGGCUUCGAUUAUACCCUAUCAGUCAGCUGGGCUGCAUAACAUACAAGGAUUCAGCCAAGAUGCCAAGUCAGCCUGCGAAUUUCAGACAUUGUUUUCUAUUGCUCACGGCGAUAGCGAUGACGUUGAAGGAGUAAUGAAAUUUGUGAGUGCAAAUUCGGGCGACGCAAACUUCUUCACAUACCCGCUUAACGUGUCCUGCUUCAUAUGGGAUUCACAACUACAAGUUGAGGUUCACUAUGAUCAGCAUAUCCUUCCCUUGGUUCAACUGAAGAGAAUCAUGGGCCAAUUUGAGACAAUGAUGCAUAAAUUGUGCUCCGCAAUCCAAGAUGAGCAAAUAAGCAGCGUCCAGCUCAUCAGCAGCACUGAUGCCUCUACCAUUAAGAAAUGGAACUCAGAACUCAGUUUGACCCAAGUCGAUAGGUGUAUUCACGAUAUGGUUGAUGAGAAUGUUUGUUUGCGUCCUGACGCGCUGGCAAUCGACUCCUGGGAUGGGUCUUUCACCUAUGCGCAAUUAGGACAAUACGUGACAGCUCUGGCCCAUUACUUGAGAAACACCAUUGGAAAUGAUAAGGAACAUUUCAUACCAAUAUGCUUUGAGAAGUCGGCCUUUGCUGCAAUUUCGAUGCUAGCUAUCAUGAAAGCGGGUUAUGCGUUUGUCCCAAUCGAUCCUCAACAUCCGAAAGCUCGACGACAAGAAAUUCUUACUGAUAUAGAUGCUGAGCUUAUGCUUUGCUCACCUCGAUACAUACCAUUGUGCAAAGAGGUAGUCAAUUAUACAUGCGCAAUUGAUAUGGCCUUCCUCAAAUCACUCCCAGAGUCAACCGGGCCGCUUGGAAUGUGUGAUCCUCGUACUGCGGCAUAUGUUAUUUUCACGUCUGGAAGUACUGGUAAACCGAAAGGGUGUAUAAUUAAAAAUGGCCCCGCGUUCUCCUUUGAGCCAUCUUCACGAGUUCUUCAAUUUGCAUCGUAUACAUUUGAUGCCAGCCUUCUUGAGAUUUUGACCGUUCUGGUUAUGGGAGGAUGUACUUGCGUUCCCAACGAAAACACUCGUCUAAAUGGCGUUGCCAAGUUCAUCAAUGAGAAGAAUGUCAACACUGCCCUUCUCACCCCAAGCAUGGCACAAACAAUCAAACCUUCCGAAGUUCCAUGUCUUCAGAAUCUGGCACUUGUCGGAGAGGCUAUGACGCCAAAUCACCUCUCUAUAUGGGCAGAUAAAGUACGACUAAUUAACGGGUAUGGGCCGACGGAAACAUCCAUUGUUGCUGCUGCAAACCCACGCAUGUCGUUGGAUACUGACUCAUCGAAUAUUGGAAAGCCCGUUGGAAACGCAUGGCUUGUUGACCCGGACAAUCACCACCGACUAGUACCUGUCGGUGCUGUCGGUGAGUUAUUAGUUGAAGGACCAACUCUGGCUAGAGGCUAUCUCAAUAAUGAACAGAAGACUCUGGAUGUGUUCAUCAUAAAUCCGACGUGGAGCUUCGAAGUCAAUGAGCCAAACAGUUCACGGAUAAGAAGAAUGUACAAGACGGGUGACCUUGUGAAGUAUGCACCCGACGGUUCUGGCGAACUGUUAUACGUUGGAAGGAAGGACAAUCAAGCCAAGCUUCAUGGCCAGCGGCUUGAGCUUGGAGAAAUCGAACACCACCUGAAUGGUGAUAAUGAAGUUUUGAAUGCCAUUGCCCUUUUGCCAAAGGCCGGUAAAUGUGCAAAGAAACUGGUUGCUGUACUAUCGUUCCGCAACCCAGAGGACGAAAACUCCCAGAACCGUGCCUUGCAACUCGUGACGGACAAGUCUUCGUUUGAAAAGCUGCAACAUGUUGAGGAUCGCCUAAGAGAGAAAGUCCCUGCUUAUAUGACUCCCUCCAACUGGAUUAUUUUACAGCAACUACCCUUGCUGCCUUCAGGGAAAUUGGAUCGUAAAACAGUCAUUCAAUUCGUAGAAGAUAUGGACGAUAGCACUUAUCAGAGAAUAACUGAUACUGCACAAGCUGUCUCGACUGAUAAGGUUGUAGUCAUUACGCAGACUGAAGCAACUCUGAGAGACAUUUGGUGUUCCGUUUUGAACCUUUCUCCUGAAAGAAUCAACCUAGACAGGUCUUUUCUACAUCUGGGUGGUGACAGCAUGUCAGCCAUGGCUAUAAUGUCAAAAUGUCGAGCCCAGAACUUAGGUGUAACAGUCGAAAAUAUCAUCACUUGCAAGUCCAUCCGUCACCUUGCUUCCUUGGUUACUUUGCCUCAAAAACGUGUCCACGAGGAGGAGAACUAUCAAGACUUUGAUCUAUCGCCAAUUCAGAGUCUCUAUUUCCGCGCCAUGAAAGGAAAUACUAGCCAUUUCAAUCAAAGCAUAAUGAUGCAAAUCACGAGAGCUGUCACCCAAGAGGAAGUACGGAACGCAAUAUCAAACUUGGUAACUGUGCAUCCUAUGCUUCGAGCUCGAUUUUCUCGAGACGGAAAUGGAAUUUGGAAGCAGCGCAUAUUGAAGGAUACUGCCUCAUCUUUUGCUUUCCGUGUCAUCAAAGACUCCGAUCCCGACGACAUGCUCCAGGAGGUCGAAGAAACUCAAAAGUCGCUGGAUAUCACUCAUGGGCCUGUUAUGGCAGUGGCAUUGUUCGAAGAUACCACCGCACACUCAAAUCUUUUUAUUUCUGUGCAUCAUUUGGUGGUCGACGUUAUCUCAUGGGGCAUUAUCUUGCAGGAUUUGGAAGAUUUGAUGCAAGGCCGCCGUAUCCCUGACAGCGAAGGUAUCUCUUUCCAAAGAUGGUGCAGGGCUCAACUGGACUAUGUUAGAGAGAAUAAGGAUGCCAAUUUCCUACCAGCGGACGAUGUUCCGGCAUCAGAUUUCGACUUUUGGGGCAUGGAAGACAAGCCCAACUUGCAAGGUGAUGUUGUGACGGAGGAGAUAAAUCUUGGAUCUACUGCGACGGGCGAAUUACUAAAGUUGGCCAAUGAGGUAUUUAGUUCUGAUAUUGUUGACAUCAUUUUGGCAGCACUGCUCUUUUCCUUCGCGCAAAUAUUCGCCAACCGGAAAUCUACUCCAUGCAUAUUCAAUGAAGGCCAUGGCCGGGAAUUUUGGGACUCGAGCAUCGAUCUCUCUCGAACUGUUGGAUGGUUUACAACACUUAGUCCAGUGUAUUUACCAUCGGAAGCUAUUACGGGAGAUGGAAAUGACUUGCUGCAGUGCGUCAGCUGGAUCAAAGCACUUCGCCGGAGGACGCCUGGGAAGGGGAUGCCCUACUUUGCACAACGGCUAUUGACUUGGGAGGGAAGUGAGAAAUACCGUCAUCACUGGCCAAUGGAGAUAGCGUUCAACUAUUUGGGUCAGCACAGUGAUUCUAAGGAUUCAAAGAGCCUAUUGCAACUUGUCCAUGGUACCGGGCAGUCAGUCAAUUCGGCGUCAGAUAUAGGAGCUGAGGUCCCUCGCUUCUCACUCAUUGAGAUUUCCGCAGUCAUAGUUGAGGGAAGCAUGAAUAUUUCAUUCUCGUAUAACAAAUAUAUGCAGAGACAAGGAAGCAUACGACAAUGGAUUACGGACUGCAAAGAAGUGAUUUCCGAUGCUCUGGAAAACACCGUUUCCACCAAGUCACGACCAAGCCUAGCUGAUUUCCGUCUUCUUCCACUCUCCUAUCACGGAAUCCACAAGGUCGGUCAAAGCUUACAAAAGGCUGGAAUUGACUCCUUCGAGAAUAUCGAAGAUGUCUAUCCCUGCUCAUCAAUGCAACAUGGAAUACUUCUGAGCCAACUGAAAGAUUCUAAUACUUAUUCUUACCGAGCGAUAUUCGAGGUGCAGUCCUCGGCUACGGGCCAGCAGGUAGAUAUACAGAGACUAGCUAGGGCCUGGCAAAGCAUCGUUGAUCGCCAAACUGCUCUCAGAACAGUGUUUAUUGAUGGCUCCCACGAGUCAUCACUGAUGGAUCAGGUUGUGCUGAAAUAUUUCCCUGCAAACAUAGAGAUCUUCGAAAAAUCCGAUGAAAAUUCCAGGGAAGCGCUGUCAAGGCUUCCGAAUCCCAACUUUAAGAAUGGAAACCAGCUUCAUCGUCUAUCCAUAUGCAAAACCACAUCCGGAAGAGUACUGUGUCGCUUUGAUAUUAGCAAUGCCGUUGCUGAUGGAACCUCGAUGCCAAUUAUAUUCCGGGAUCUCUCUCGAGCGUACAUGGGACAGACUCCGAUUACUGCCGAACAACCAAAGUACAGUGACUUCAUUGCCCACCUAUCAUCAACGCCCAAAGAAAAGGGCAUUGAGUACUGGAAGAAUUACCUGGCAGGCUGUGAACCUUGUUUAUUCCCCUCGUUGGUUAAUGAGCGUAACCGUGAGACGGGACUUGGCUCUGAGAUCCUUAUAUUGAAAGAAAACGCAGGUGUACACGAGCUUUGCAAGAGCAUGGGUAUCACAAUGUCCGCGCUCUUCCAGUUCGUAUGGGCAUUGGUUCUGCGAACUUAUACCGGAUCCGAUGAGGUUUGCUUCGGCUAUAUCACCUCUGGCCGUGAUAUUCCAGUUGAAAAUAUACAAGAAGCAGUCGGUGCAUUCAUCAACAUGCAGGUAUACAAGAUCCAUUUAACAGACGACCUGCUCUUGAUGAAGGCAUUGAAAAAGACACAGAAAGACUUCAUCAAGAGUAUGGAACAUCAAGCUGUCUCACUCGCAGAAGUCCAGCAUGCACUGGGUCUUGCAGAUACCCCGUUAUUCAACACAGCCUUUACAUUUCAGCGACGGAGUGCUCUUGAAGUGGAAUCCACGCCUUCGUUGUCAUUCAAGUCUUUUGAUUCGCAUGACCCCAGCGAAUAUAAGAUAGCCGUCAAUAUUGAACUGAUGGAGUCGGUAACAGAAGUACAUUUCAGUUACUGGAAAGAUUAUCUGUCAGACGCUCAGGUUAAAAACCUAGCUGACACAUUCGAGCAAAUAGUGAAUGACAUUACGAAGGCCGUUAACUCAGAUAGGACAAUAGGAAAUAUUGACUGCUUCGGAUCGUUAAGCAGCCAAAGUGUCAGUGAGUGGAAUAGCGUUGUUCCUCAGAGUGUGGACCGAUGCGUCCAUGAGAUGAUUGAAGAGCAAGCUCGAAAUAGACCAGUAUCGGCUGAAGCAGUUGAGGCUUGGGAUGCACGAUUUACCUAUCAGGAAUUGGAUGAUUAUGCUAGUCGCCUUGCAAAGGCUCUUCUUACACAUGGUGUAGGACCCGAAGUGAUUGUUCCUCUAUGUUUCGAGAAGUCAGCGUGGGCAAUUGUCGCACAAAUUGCUGUUCUCAAAGCUGGAGGCGCCUUCGUAUCGCUGGAUCCAUCUCAUCCAGAGGACAGACUCAAGAGCUUAAUUGAGGAUGUCAACGGUCGUGUCAUUUUAUCUUCAUAUCAGCAGUAUGACAAGAUAUCCAAAAUAUUCCCCAACACUAUUAAGGUGGAUAAUGCUGCUUUGGCUCAGCUUUCGAAGGUCGACUACCCCAUUCGCAGUUCUGUAAGGCCGUCGAACACUGCUUAUGUGAUAUUUACAUCUGGUUCAACGGGAAAACCUAAAGGAACAGUUAUCGAGCACGGUCAAUUUUGUACAGGCGCUCUGGCACAUGGCAAGGCUCUUUACAUGAACUCGGAAACACGAUCAUACCAAUUUGCCAACUACACCUUUGACGCAUCGAUUCUGGACAUACUGACAGUACUCAUCUUGGGCGGCUGUAUCUGCGUGCCAAGUCAGGAAGAGCGCAUGAAUGACAUUGCUGGAAGCAUCGUCAGAUUACGUGCCAAUUGGAUGUGCAUUACGCCUUCAGUUGCCAGCACUUUGAAGCCUGAGAGUAUACCUACCAUGAAAGUGAUCGCCAUGGGUGGGGAGAAGAUGACCCCCGGUGCUAUCGAGAAAUGGUCAAGGUCAGUAUGUCUAGUUGAAGCUUACGGGCCCAGUGAAUGCUCCGUAGUCUGCGCUGCCGGUGAUAAAGUCACCCAAUCAGGUCAAAUUGUCAAUUUCGAUCCUGCAGUGAUUGGCAAAACUGUCGGCAGCCGGUCUUGGAUCGUUGAUCAACGCAACUACAACAGGCUUGUACCGGUAGGAGCCAUCGGUGAAUUGAUGGUAGAAGGUCAUAUUGUCGGUCGUGGAUACUUGAAUAAUGAAAAGAAAACAGCUGAGGCCUUUAUUAAGGAUCCAACCUGGGCAACUAGCCACAGAUUGCAAGGCCUUAUCUUACCUGGAAGCCGAAUGUAUCGCACAGGCGAUCUUGUUCGUUACAAUGAGGAUGGUACGAUUACAUACAUGGCAAGGAUGGAUAUGCAAAUCAAGCUCAAUGGUCAACGUAUCGAGUUAGGCGAGAUUGAAUAUCAAUGCACUCAGCAUAUGCCAGAGCAAGUACAACUAGCGGUUGAUCUAGUCAGCCCAGGAUCGAACCCUGGUCCAAAGAAACUUGCAAUGUUCUUCAGCCUCGGCGAUAACACUGGACAGCCUCGCGGUUCAGUCCGAACCAUGGACAAUAUCCUCUUGGAGAUGAAUUCCGAGACUCGAAAUGUUAUCCGAGACCUCGAGAAAUCAGUCGCAAAAGUCUUACCAUCUUACAUGAUACCGCAACUGUUUUUCCCCGUUUCUGCUAUACCAUUUACGACAUCAGGAAAGCUAGAUCGUCGUAAGUUACAUGGAGAAAUCAAAGAUUUGUCCCGGGAAGAUCUGAAAAACUAUUCGCUGUCCACUUCUGUGAGCAGGAAAGCUCCCAAGAAAGAAAAGGAAUUGACCCUGCAGAGUCUAUGGGCAGAAAUUCUUGAUAUCCCCGCAAUUUCUAUUGGAAGUGACGACAGCUUUUUCAGACUUGGAGGAGACUCGCUCGCAGCAAUGAAGCUGGUAGGGAUCGCUAGGUCACGCGGGAUUACUCUCAGCGUUGUUGACAUCUUCCGCUUUUCCACACUGGAAGAGAUGUCCAAGGAAUACGAGAUUGCACAUGAAACUGGUAGUCAAGGCAUUCAAGAACUGGCUAUGCCGUUUAGCUUACUGAGAAACCCCGCGGUUAAAGAUGCAGUUAUCGAUGAGGUAGCAGGCGAGUGCAAUGUGGAAAGGGAGUCAAUAUCUGACAUCUACCCGUGCAGCCCUCUUCAAGAAGGCCUGAUAGCAUCAUCUGUUCAGCAGCGUGGCGCUUAUAUUUCAAGAAACGUCCUUCGACUGGGUAAACAUGUCGACAUUGAACGAUUCAAAUCUGCCUGGCAGCAACUAGUAAAUGAGUUUGAUAUCCUACGCACUCGCAUUGUCCAUACCGCCACCUCCGAUUUCUUGCAAGUCGUGCUGAAGCAAGACACGAUUUCAUGGCAACUUCCAAAUAGCUUGGAAAGCACUACUGACGACAAUUCGGAGCUAUUUGGUUCUGAAGGUGGCAAGCUGACACGAUAUAUCCUGGUUCACGACAAAGAGUCAUCCGCUACGUAUUUUGUCUGGCUGAUUCACCAUGCUCUUUACGAUGCCUGGGGCCUGGAAAUCCUUCUCAAGAGAGUUCAGGAAAUAUACGAAGCUAAUAACCAAUUAUCUCCAAAGAGCACCUAUGCAUCUUUCAUCGCCUAUCUCGAGAAACAGAACCUGCAGACUUCGGGGGGUUUCUGGAAAUCAUAUCUUGCCAACUCAUCACCAUCUCAUUUCCCUCCACUCGUGAACCAGAAAGGGUCAGAAAGUGAGCAUCAUAUAUCUCAAACGUUGACACAAAGAAUAGAACUUCCGCAAAAGUUCCUGAACCUUGGAAUCACUACACCAAUCCUAAUAAGAGCGGCGUGGGCACUUGUUUUGUCGAAUCGUGCACAGUCGUCUGAUAUCUGCUUUGGAGAGACCUUAUCUGGCAGAAACAUUGAUGUCCCCGGUAUUACUGACCUAGCAGGCCCGGUGCUUACAACUGUCCCCACCUGUGUUCAUGUCGACAUGAAAUCCAAGACAAGGGAUUACCUAUUAGAGAUACAAAAAAUGUCAACGGAGAUGAUCCCGCAUCAGCACUUUGGUUUGCAGCAUAUCAAGAAAUUAGGACAUGAUGCCGCUGCUGCUUGUGAAUUCCGAAACCUGAUCGUCACCCAAACCGCUGAGGCUGAGGGCAAAAAUCAGCUUUGGGAAAUACAGGACGAUGGAUCAAUCGGCAGCUUUUUCACUUAUCCUCUCGUUGUGGAGUGCAAACUUUCAGGUUUUUAUGUCGAUGUCAAUUUCCACUACAAGGAUAAUGCCAUCUCUCGGUGGGAGCUUGAGAGAAUACUGCUUCAACUGUCACAUGUUCUUCGCCAGCUUGGUUCUGUCGAUCACUCGUCCAAUGAUUGUUUACACGAUUUUGAUAUGUUGAGCCCCGAAGACAGGAACGAAAUCACCCGGUUGAAUAAGCGCAAGCCUCAAAUCAUUAACGAAUGCAUUCAUGAACUCUUCCACAAACAGUGCUUGUCACAAGCUGAUGCCCCAGCUGUCCGCGCGUGGGAUGGAACUCUUACAUAUGGAGAGUUGAAUAAAUAUGCCACGGGCCUUGCAUCAUAUUUGAGGUCGCUCGGUGUUCAACCGGAAGUACUUGUGCCCCUGUGUCUUGAAAAGUCUGCAUGGACAAUAGUCGCUAUGUAUGCUGUUUUGAUUGCCGGCGGUGCUAUUGUCCCCCUAGACCCUUCUCAUCCUCUUGACAGACACAAAGAGAUUGUGGUACAAACUAGUGCGAACGUACUUUUGUACUCGUCGAUAUACCACACGAAAUACGCGGGGAUUGUGAAGAGUGCUGUUGCCAUUGACGAAAACAUGAUCAAGAAUAUUACGUCAAAUGGCAUCGUAUCAGAACAAGCCAUUCAUGUAAAUCGAUCAAAUGCAGCAUAUGCAAUCUUUACUUCUGGAAGUACAGGCAAGCCGAAAGGAAUUGUCAUUGACCAUCGGGCAUUCAACACGAGCUCGGUAGCCUUCGGCAAAGCCUUGCAAAUGAAUUCCAAAACUCGAGCUCUUCAGUUUGCUUCACUCAGUUUCGAUGCUGCUGUCAUGGAAAUAUUCACGACACUCACAGUUGGAGGUUGCGUCUGCGUGCCUAGUGAGGAGCAGCGUCUACAAGACCUUCCGGGAGCCAUAUGCGAAAUGGAGGUUACUUGGGCACUACUGACUUCCUCCGUUGCUAAUGUGAUUGAUCCGGCUUCUGUUCCGUCUCUCAAAGUCCUUGUCUGUGGUGGUGAAGCUAUGAGUCCGGAAGUUAUUGCUAAAUGGGCUGACAAAGUACAUCUGAUCAACGCUUAUGGACCCUCGGAGGCUUCCGUCGUAGCGGUCGUUAAUCCAGACGUAUCAAAAGAUGCACCAAAUAACAUUGGCUAUGGUAUACAACCUACCCAUACUUGGAUCGUCAAUCCUGAUGAUUGCAAUCAGUUAAUGCCGCUCGGCGCUGUGGGAGAAUUGGCAUUGGGUGGUCCUACUCUUUCAAGCGGAUACCUAGGCGAUGUUUUGAAGACAAAGGCCGCAUUUGUCGACAAUCCUUCAUGGGCUGGAAAUUUCGUUUCAGAAAGCUCUGGUAGCCAGCGCAUCCAUCUAACUGGUGAUUUGGUCAAAUACAGACCCGAUGGCUCCAUCGACUUUAUUGGGCGAAAAGACAAUCAAGUCAAACUAAAUGGCCAGCGAAUGGAACUUGGCGAGAUCGAGCAUCGCUUAGAAUUAGAUUCUCUGGUGCGCCACGUUGUUGUUUUAGUGCCCAAAUGCGGACAUCUACAAAAGCGACUGGUUGCUGUUAUUUCGCUCAAUACUGGAGCUGCGGACCAAUCAGUUGUCAUUUCUCAGUCAUGUCAAUUCGUAAAGAUGGAGUCUGAACUGUUGGAAAUCAAGAACAAACUGUCGACACAGCUACCAUCCUAUAUGAUUCCGCAAGCUUGGGCUGUGGUCAACACGAUACCAAUGUUGGUGUCAGGGAAGUUGGACAGAAAAUUUGUCAAGAAUUGGGUCGAAACCAUCUCCGAGGAGCUUUACCAACAGAUCACAGGGGUUGAAGAAGCAUAUGAUUCGAACACGGAGGUCACUGGAGUUGUUGCAACGCUCAGGGAAGUAUGGGCGCAAGUUUUGAAUCAAUCUCCUACAAAGAUAAAAUUGAAUCAGUCAUUCCUAAGUCUCGGUGGCGACAGUAUUACAGCAAUGGCUGUUGUUUCUCGAAGCAGGCGGCAGAAUAUCAAAGUAACCCUUCAUGACGUCCUACGUGCAUCGUCACUCGUAGGGCUAGCUGAGUCGGUGGACUCUGGCAUCAUGACCGUGCCGGUCCAUGACGAAAAAUUGGAUGAAAGCUUUGGACUUUCCCCUAUCCAACGUCUUUAUUUCCUAGGAGCAAAAGGACAUCAAGGUACCAGUCGCUUCAACCAGAGUUUUACACUUCGUUUGUCUCGUCAUAUCAACCCUGAGACUGUGCAAUCAGCACUUCAUAAUAUCGUUUCUCGUCAUUCAAUGCUUCGGGCCCGCUUCAAAUUAGGUACCAACGGGGAAUGGGAGCAGCUGAUUUCAAGCGAUAUCAAAUCUUCCUUCCGAUUCCGGCACCAACGUCUCACUGCACUCAAAGAAGCUGCCAAGACCAUCGGGGAUACUCAGAGAGAUAUCAACAUUUACGACGGCCCUAUAUUUGUUGCAGACAUGAUUGAGACUCUCAGUAAUGAACAGUUCUUGUUCCUCGCUGCUCAUCACCUGUCAAUUGAUGUGGUCUCGUGGCGUAUCAUCAUACAAGACCUGGAAGAUAUUCUGGAAGCUGGUACUCCUCCGGUCGAUAAGCCUCUCCCAUUCCAGUCUUGGUAUACACUGCAGUCCGAACAUGUUAAACGCAAUGCCGAGGGUCGCAGCUUGCCGUUCGAUGUAAUGCCCACUAAUCUUGAUUAUUGGGGAAUGAGCAGUGUCUUAAAUACUUAUGGUGAUAUCAAACAACAUACCUUCACCCUGGAUGAAGGAAUGACGGCUUCGACGAUGACUAGCUGUCACGACGUAUUUGGUACGGAGCCGGUGGAUAUCUUACUAACAGCCAUCAUUCAUUCUUUCCGCCUUGUAUUCAAAGACAGAUUCUUACCGACUAUAUUCAAUGAAGGCCAUGGAAGAGAAUCGUGGGAUUCAAAUAUUGACCUUUCUCGAACUGUUGGUUGGUUUACAAACCUUUCGCCUUUACAGGUAUCAUUAGAAUCAGAUGACGUUAUUGAGACGCUGAAGAGGGUCAAGGAUACCAGAAGAAGUGCCCAAGAGGCCGGGAAAAAUUACCUGGCUCAUCGCUUCCUUGCGCCGCACGAUCGACCUCACUCUGCACGCUCCGACAUUCCCAUGGAAAUCCUAUUCAACUACCUCGGAGCAAUGCAAGACCUAGAACGCAGCGACUCAUUAUUUCAAUCUGCCAAUAUGGAAUUCGAAAAUGCAGAUCCUUUGGAAGUCGGAGACAUGGGACGUGAUACCGUACGGCUAGCACUCUUUGAAAUCUCAGCAGCUGUUGUACAGAAUCGGUUGCAAUUUUCGUUCAUGUUCAGCAGUCGUACGAAACGUCUCAACGAGAUUCGCCGUUGGACCUCUGAGUGUAAGUGGAUUAUCGAGGAGAUUGUUGUUCGACUACGGAGAUGCACUCCUGAACCUACUUUGAGUGACUAUCCCCUGCUUCCUAUCAAUUACGAUGGGCUUAGACGCCUAGUCAAGAAUUCAUUCCCUCAAGCGGGCAUCUCACAUCGAGAUCAAGUUGAAGAAAUCUACCCCUGUUCUCCAGCCCAGGAGGGCAUUCUCCUCAGUCAGCUCCGUGACCCCAGAGCUUACAUGAUCUACGUCAUUUUCGAAGUAACGUGCACAAUUUCACGGAACAGUAUUGAGCCCCAAAGAUUGGUUGAAGCAUGGCAAAAAGUUGUUGACAGGCAUGCUGCUCUACGGACUGUAUUUAUCGACAGCGCCUAUAGAGGAGGCGCUUUCUAUCAGGCGGUCUUGAAAAAAGUCGACAGCAACGUUACCCAUAUUCAGUGCGAUGAUUCUGCUGUACUCGCAAAGCUCCAGUCAAUUAAUCUUUACGACAAGAAUAUCAAACGGAAACAGAAGAUGCCCCACCACUUCACACUUUGCGUUACUCCCUCUGGCAGAGUCAUCGUGAAGAUGGAAGUUAAUCACGCAGUCAUCGACGGGGGGUCGACUCCUAUAUUGAUGCGUGACCUGGCACUCGCUUAUGAUGGACAUCUACCAGGAGGUCAGGGACCUCUUUACUCUGACUACAUCCGAUUCCUAAAAAGCCAUUCUGUGAGAGACGAUAUUGUUUUCUGGAAACGGUACUUAACGGGCGUACAAGCAUGCCAUUUUCCUCAUCUCAAGUCUACAUUCAUAAGCCAACGCCGUCUUGCUUCAUUUGAGUUUAGCUUUGAUCAUUGGCCGGAGUUGCAACGUUACUGUGAGAAAACGGGGGUUACAUUAGCCAAUGUCAUCCAAGCAGCGUGGGCUUUAGUCCUUCGGAAAUAUACCGGUUCAGACGAUGUUUGCUUCGGAUACUUGUCAGCCGGACGAGAUGCUCCAGUAACAGGCAUCCAGGAAGCAAUUGGUGUCUUCAUUAACAUGCUCUGUUGUCGAGUCCGGCUCUCUCCAUCACAACUUUUAGCUGAGAUCCCAAAUACCAUUCAGGAAGAUUAUAUACGUGCCAUUCCACAUCAGCGUUGCUCUCUGGCGCAAGUGCAGCAUGAGCUAGGGCUACAAGGGAAACAGAUAUUUAACACAGCGCUGUCAAUUCAAAAUACUUCAUCGCCUGAUCAUCCAGAUGAGAGUUCGCUGACAUUUAUACUCCAAGAAGCGCAUGAUCCAAGCGAGUAUUCAAUUACGCUCAAUAUCGAGACGGGUCGAAAUCAGGAGGGAAUUGUAUUCCGGUAUUGGUCAGAUAUGUUCUCAGCUGACAAUGCCUCUGAGAUUUCAAAUACGUUGGCCAGUGUCCUUCAUUCUUUCGUCCAAAAUCCCACGGAAAUUGUAUCUCGGUUGAAUAAAAGCGAGUCUAAGAGAGCCGUUGAAACGACAAACAGCAACAACAAUAACCCAUCUCUUGAACGCGGUGACGAAAUUAACGAGCUAUUGGAGAAAUACCCCAGUCUUCAAAACUUGAUUGACGAGAGAGUUCGCAUGAUCGUGCAACAGAUGUUUAGCUCCAGUCGACCAAGUUCAUUGAGAAGACAUUUAUCCAAUGCUACGGAACAUGAGGUUGCAGCAGUUGCUCAAUCAGAGUUUGACGCAUUCUCCAGUGUAUCCGAUGAUAUUUACAGGGAGGGUGUCGCAAAUUCAGCCAUUCCGGUCGCUGCACAGAUCCAUGAACGUGGAAGACAAGCAGAUAUUGAGCGAAAGUUGCUACGCCUUUGGAGUGAAAAGCUUGAAUUACCUUUAGACACCAUCACCAAAGACGACAGCUUCUUUGAACUAGGUGGAGAUAGUAUCACAGCAAUGGCACUCGUCGGGGAUGCGCGUGACGAGGGGUUGUUGCUCACUGUUGCCGAUGUUUUUCGUAAUCCUGUGUUCAAGGACAUGGCAACGGUAGCUCAAACUGCGAGUGAAAAAAGUUAUGUCGAAGAUGAAAUCAACAAUAUGAACAUCAUGGGACAACAGUCAUCUUUCACGUCCACCAACGCCGGUUUCUACGAAAGGUUUGCUCUCAUCAAAGCAGCCAAUAUUGAUGAAGCUUUUCUGCAAAAAUACAUCUGUCCUCGAGUUGGUGUGUUUAAGGGUGGUAUUUUGGACAUCCUGCCUGUGACGGAUUUCCAGGCCUUGUCAAUUACAGGCGCGCUUUUGGAGUCUCGCUGGCUGUUGAACUUCUUCUGCCUCGAUGGUCGCGGCCCUCUCGAUUUCCGACGUCUCAAGCAAAGCUGUUUCCGUGUCGUCCAUGCCUUUGACAUCUUGCGGACAGUUUUCGUUGCUUCCAAGGGCCGCUUUUUGCAAGUUAUCCUUCGUAAAGUCCGACCUGAAUUCUCAGUUUAUGAGACCGAUGAAAGUCUCGAUGAGUUCACUGCCGUGCUACAACAGCGAGAUGUGACUGAAGGAGUUAAACAAGGCGAGCCUUUCGUACAGUUCGUGGUGGUUAGAGAGAAGAACACAGACCGACAUCGUAUUAUACUUCGUCUUUCUCACGCUCAAUACGAUGGUGUAUCCCUCCCAAGAAUACUCUCUGCUAUUAAAGCAGGCUAUGAGGGCGGUCCUAUCCCUUCACCCGUCUCUUUUGCAAACUUCGUCCGUGACUCAGCGAGGAUUGUGACGGCAGAUCAUUAUGACCACUGGCGAACCCUUCUUAAAGGUUCAAAAAUGACCGAGAUCGUCAAUCGACGCCAAACCUUUGAACACAAGAAGCUAAGGGGCAGCAAUGAAGUUUUACGCAAAACGAUACAAGUACCAUCCCUGGCAAAUGGAAAUAUUACCACUGCGACCGUAAUCAAAGCCGCAUGGGCCUUGACUCUUGCACGCAUUACGGGCAGCGCUGAUAUUGUUUUCGGACACACCAUUAGUGGAAGGAACACAGCAGCUAUUGCUGGGGUUGAAUCAAUGGUUGGACCUUGCAUGAACAUCGUACCGGUACGAGUUGUGUUUGGGGAGAAGUGGACAGUACUCGACCUGCUACGUUAUAUCCAAGAUCAGCAAGUAGCCAAUAUGCCUUUUGAAGCACUUGGAUUCCGUCAAAUCAUUCACCAGUGCACAGAUUGGCCUCGCUCGACCCACUUUAGCACAGUAUUGCAACAUGAUGUUGCGAAUUCAUCCAACGAGAUCCGGCUUGGGGAGAAUACCUACACAGUUAAAGCCGUUGGGAGCGAUGAGGAGCUAUCUGACUUCUCCAUUAAUUCAAAUGCAUUAGACAAAGAUCGAGUGGAAGUUGUUCUUUCAUUCUCCAUAGAUGGAGCUCUUACAAUGCCCCUUGCUCAAAGAGUGCUUGAUAUGCUCUGUGAAACUGCAGAGAGUUUCACGACAAAUCCAGAUAUGACUCUUCCAUCACCUGGAGCGCUCUCUGCACUACCUAUUCGGAAGCUAGGAGACUCCGAGCAGCAGGUACAACAAGAAGGAAAGCAGCGGAGUGAAAAUAGUUCACUCACAUCAUCGCAGCUGGCCAGUCUAAGCCGUGCAGAAAUCUUAGUUCUAUCGGAUGUUCUCCGUCGCGCAUGGGAACAAGUUCUCGGUGUCAGCAACAAUAACGAGGGUGGUCAUGAUAACAACAACAACAACAACAACAACAACAACAACAACAACAACAACAACAACAACAACAACAACAACAGUCCACCCCCUAUCAAGCCCGAUUCUUCAUUCUUUGAUCUUGGCGGAGACCUCAUCGGACUAGCCCAAGUAGCAUGGCUGCUUGAGCAAGAAGACUUCAAAGUUCGACUGGAUGAUUUGCUUGAGCAUCCUACGAUGAUGGGUCAAAUGGCGGCUCUUGUGCAGUCCAAUAGCGUGACAGCACAACGCAUGAUGGCAUCUUAUCAAGCCGGAACAGCAGGUACUACCUCGUUAGCCACUGUUACCGAUGAAAGUGUUGCAGGAGGAGGCGAAGAAUCAAAUUCAAGGUCUGCAAAUAAGCCUGGGCCGCGAAGGGCCAUGACCUGGGCAUCAGCAUUUGGCUUGGCACGAAAGAUUGUGAAGAGAAAGGUUGAGGUGGAAGCCUAA